AUCAUGCGCAUUGGCUCAUGAACGAAAAAUAUGGCAGCUGACGAAUAGAGAAAACUGUUGGGACCUGACUCAAUUCGAUAGAAAACGGCAACAAUCAAAACAAAAAGGGGGUUGCUGUUGGGGGGGGGGGGGGGGGUGAACAACUUGCACUUGUCUACCCAACACCUUGUUGUGCCACAGCUGCCAACAAUAGUUAACAUGGGCAGGACUUCACUAAAAGACACGAAAGAUAGCAAAAAAGAGAAACCUGGAAAGAGUAUGGCACCUCCUUCUCCUGCUCCUGUAUGCUCUAAGGAGACGUUUCGUUGGGAGGAGUACUUGAAGGAAACGUCAUCCAUUCCAGCCCCUCCAAGCUUUUUCAGACAGUCCAGGGUCCCGCCCACCAACGACUUCAAGGUCGGCAUGAAGCUGGAAGCUCACGACCCCCGGAACUCCACCUCGGUGUGCAUCGCCACGGUGAUGGGCAUCACGGGCGUGCGUCUGCGUCUCCGCCUGGACGGCAGCGACAACACCAACGACUUCUGGAGGCUGGUGGACUCCUCGGACAUCCAACCCAUCGGCACCUGUGAGAAGAAAGGAGACAUGCUACAGCCCCCGCUGGGAUUCAGAAUGAACGCUUCAUCGUGGCCCAUGUUCCUCCUGAGAACCCUAAACGGAGCAGAGAUGGCCCCGGCAACCGCGUUCAAAAAAGAACCUCUAAGGCUUCCCCAGAACAACUUCAAGCCUGGAAUGAAGCUGGAGGCUGUAGACAAGAAGAACCCUUACCUCAUCUGCCCUGCCACCAUAGGAGAGCUGAAGGGAGACGAGGUCUUUGUUAUGUUUGACGGGUGGAGGGGCGCGUUUGAUUACUGGUGCAAAUACGACUCAAGGGACAUCUUUCCUGUGGGCUGGUGCUCCAUCACCAAACACUCCCUGCAGCCUCCAGGCAACAGUGUCACCCUGCCAAAGAACCUGCACGUCCUCACGGCGUCGCCCUCCAAGCCCAGCAGGCGCUCCAUGCAGUCCCCCUACCGGCUGCCCAACCCCCUGCCCCCCCUGCCCGUCAGGAAAGGCGUGCGGGGGCGCAGGCCCAAGAGCGAGACCAUCGCCCUGCUGAAGGCGGUGGCCGAGGCGGCGGCGGCGGCGGCCCAGAAUGGCCUGGGGCCCCAGGACGGGGGCCCUGACCUGCAGCUGGCCCCCCGGCCCCACAAGAAGAGAGGCCCCAAGCCUGGAAGCAAGAGGAAGCCCCGUGUGGCCCAGGUCCCGACCCAACUGACCAGCCUCCAGGUGUCUCAUGACAACUCUGUGCACCUCAGCUCAGUGGUCUCUACAGUGUGCGUGUACGUCAACAAACACGGGAGCUGCGGGCCGCACCUGGACAGGAAGCAGAUGCAGCGUCUGCCCGACCACUUUGGGCCGGGCCCCGUGAACGAGGUCCUGCAGCAGGCCGUGCAGACCUGUCUCGACUGUGCCUACCAGCCCAAGGUGCUGCUGGGAGCCCUGCAGACACACGCCGGAGGGGGAGAGGUGGUCCGAGUGAGGAUGGACGGCGGCGUGCGCCUGGUGAAGCUGCCCUCGGCCUCCAGCGCCUCCUUCGUGCUGCGCUUCCUGGAGACCAUCUGCCUCCAUCUGCAGUGUGACAACCUGUUCAGCAGCCAGCCCUUCAGCCAGUACACCCCCUACGACAGGACCAAGUCAGUGAAAGAGGAGGCGUUUGAGACGCCAGCUCUGAGCCGAGGGGGGAAGCGGCCCUCCAGGGACUCUCCCCCCUACGCUGCCCCCCUGUCCCCCAAGCAGCAGCGCUCGGAAGCCCACCCUUCAGAAGCAGAGACUCUGCCCCACGAGGAGAAUGGCCUGCUGAAAGAGCAGCGCUUCAUGGACUCGGCGUCCAACUCCAUGACCCCGCGGCCUCAGACGCUGCGCGGCUCCUCCUCUGAGUACCCCUCCCAGGCCGGCAGCCCCUACUACCCCGGCCACGGCACGCCCCUGCGCCGCCUCGGCUCCAACCCGGCAGACCUCACCGCCGCCGCCGCACACGCACACCGCCGCGUGGAAGCUGCAAGUUCCACCACGGGCCCCGAGGCCCCGGCUGCAGACAGGGACACCCCCAGGGGCCCCUGUAGGGACCCCGCCUCCUGGUCCAUCGAGGAGGUGAUGCAGUUUGUGAGGGAGGCCGACCCGUCGGCGCUGGCCCCCCACGCUGAGCUCUUCAGGAAACACGAGAUCGACGGUAAAGCUCUGAUGCUGCUGCGGAGCGACAUGGUCAUGAAGUACAUGGGCCUCAAACUGGGGCCCGCCCUCAAGCUGUGCCACCACAUAGAGAGACUGAAGCAGGGCAAGCCUUAGCUGGGCAAGCCUUAGCAGGGAAAGCCUUAGCAGGGCCGCCCCGGCCCGGACCCCCCCUCCCCCCGCUUCUCCCCCCCCCCCCCCCCCCACCUACAGACCACCCCCUCCCCCCAUGCAGCCUGGGAGCAGGCCAGUUAGAGGGUCCCUGCUCCUCCAAUGCACACUGAAGGAAACACAAGACAGACAGACAGACCCUGGCAUCUGCCUUGUAACACCUCUGUGGGUGUUACAGCCACACCGUUGGGCCCGGGCCGGAGGGCCGGGCGGGGUGGGGGAAGACGUGCGCCAGGCGUCGCAGACACAUUACCUCAUCUUGUCUCAUCGGUGGACAGAAUGCCGUGGAGGUCUACUGGACCACAGCGGCUGGAAUCCCAAAGGAAGAUCAUCUCUGUGGUGUUUACAGGACACAGCACAAGCUCACAUUAAGAGGGUCGCUUUUUUUUACUGAGAGGGAAAAAUAAACACAUAGUUUCGAUCCUGGUUCUGGGAUCUCCAAAGAUGGAGAAUGUUAUUUUUUUGUUUUUUUUCCUUAUCAAACUUUUGUUAAGAUGACCAUUGAUGCAAAAAUUCCUGUUUAGUAAGGA